CACUUCAUUUCACUUCUCUUCAGCAGAGAGAGAGAGAGAGAGAGAGAGAAACCGGGGAUUAAAGCAAAAACAAACAAACAAACAAACAAAAACACGGUACCACAGUGUGCAGAAACAGGACUGGAUUUAUUUAAGCGGAAUUCUGCUGCAUUUGUGUCGUCGCACGUCCUAAAUUUGGGACGAGUGUAAACUUUUAACUACGACAGUCUGAUCGUAGUGAGCCGUUAGCAACGCUGCUAGCAGGGCUAACUGUUUAUUUACGUAGCCGCGUCGCUGUUAGCGCGGUUUUGCUAAUAGCUUUACACGUCAAAGCAUUUUAAACUGGAGCAAGAAAAAUAAAAAAGGAGCUGGUGGAUUAAACCCAAUAAGAGGUUUGCUGGAUAAGCAGAGUGGACCUACAGGACUGUGUGGCACAGAGGAAUGAGUCAUGACCUCUGUGGUGGUAAUAGACGGUGGAGGGAACGUUCUGGAGUACGUCACCGGGGACGAGGAGGCGCAGCAGGAGGUGUGUUGUGAUGACACGGUGAUCCACGAGGACGAAGCCGAGUGUCCGGCGGUGAUCGUGGAGCAGGUGAACAGCGCAGAAGUGGAGCAGUGCUACGCCGCUCAGGUGCUCGUCUGCGACGACGAGAACACCUACCUGAUGCAGGACGUGGUGGAGGAGCAGGUGGUGGAGACGGAGGUGCAAGACGCAGGCGUAGUGGAAGUAUCAGUUCAUGACAAAACCAUCGAGGCGGCUGAGGCUCUGCUGCACAUGGACUCUCCAGCCAGUCUUCAUGGUGACCACAGCCCAGAGGAGUUCCUGUCUGAGAUGGAGGUGGAAGUGAGCACCGAGGACAUGGGGCAAGUUGUGGAAGAUUCUCACAGCACGCUGCAGCAAACGGAUCUGCAGAAAAAGAAAAGAGGACGGAAAUCCAAACUGCCGCGGGCUUGCUGCGAUGGCUCCCUGGAUCUUAUUUAUAAGCGGAAAUCCAGAGAGAGCAAGGGUACCACCACGUACCUGUGGGAGUUUCUGCUGGAUCUCCUUCAGGAUAAAGAAACCUGCCCUAAAUACAUUAAAUGGACGGAGAAGGAGAAGGGCAUCUUUAAGCUGGUAGACUCCAAAGCCGUGUCCAAGCUGUGGGGCAAACAUAAGAACAAACCGGACAUGAACUACGAGACUAUGGGAAGAGCGCUCAGGUAUUACUAUCAGCGAGGAAUUCUCUCCAAGGUGGAAGGCCAGAGACUGGUGUACCAGUUCAAAGAGAUGCCCAAGGACAUCGUGUUCAUCGACGACGAUAUGGAGGACGGAAUGGAUAAGAGCAAAGCGCAGAGUCCCACAGCAGCCGACUGCAUCACGCCCAGGCGGAGGAAGGAGAGGCUCUCUCCUGUCUCAUCCUCAGCGCCCGUCAUCAGCAUCGCCUCAGGACCUGAAGGACUCGUGUCUGUGCAACAGACUCCGGUUACCACGACAACGGGCCCCAGGACAGUGAGGCUGGCCAUGCAGGUGCCUGUUGUCAUGACAACGCCCCAGGGUCAAAAGGUCUCCACAGUGACCCUAAACUCUCCUACGAGCUCUUCUCCGGUCCUGACGGCGGGCAGCGUACUCGGUGGGGGGAACAGCACGGGUAAAGUGGUGCUGCAGGCCGUGCCCACGCUGGUGCCCACGCAGGGGCAGAACGGCGAGCGGAUCACGCUGCAGCUCAUCACGCUCCCCACCACCACCCCGACCAAAGCGGGCACGCCCAUCACGCUGCGCACGCUCGCGCCGCUCACAGGGGCCCAGGUGCUGCAGCUCACCGUGCCUUCCUCCACCAACACCCCCACCACUGUCACAGUGCCAGCGGAGACUACGCUGAACACACAGGACGUCAGGAUCAUCAAGGUGGACCCUCUGGAGCAAAGCGCACACGCAGACCAGGCCACCACGCAAAGCUGAGACGCUGUUCACACAAACACACCAACCGCAGCGCUUGUGUCAAAUCAAGAUGCGAACCACGUCGAUUGCUUUAAUAAUAGCGACUGUGCUCAUGAGGACUUCAGCAAUGAAAGCAGCACUACAGCUAAAUCCCCCACGUUCACGUUCACGUUCAUGUUCACGUCCCAACACUAUGACUGACUUCUGAAACCAGUCUCCAGCCUGCUUAGAAACGAAGCAGUCGAGACGAUGCUAGACGUUUGUUUUCUGAUCUGUUGAUCGUCGAGACAGACCGCCGGAGUCGUGAGGUUAUGGAACUGAGUCGUAACCGGUGCUAAAGACCUGAGAGACUGAGACGCUUUGGACAGACAAGUGAGGGGAAAGAAAAGCUUCCACCAGCAUCAACGGGCGUGGAAAGGACGCUGUAAAUAACCGAACUCAAUACUCGUAGUGAACAAAAUGUAAAGCAGCUUCUGACCUUUUUUGUUUGUUUUCCUUAAAGCUAAACUUUUUCCCCCCCCACAGUGUAAAUAUGAAAUAUAAAUUUUUUGAUAUUUUGUAUCAGGCAGUGUUUUUUUUACAAUCUAAAAAGCAUCUUAAAACUUUGUAGACCUUAAUCAUUUCACCUUCUAUAUAUACAUACAUAUAUAUAUAUAUAUAUUUUUUUUUUCUUUUUUUUUGCAUUUAUAUUCAUCAUACCUGUUAUCCACAUUUCAUUGUCUCAUUUACGAUUGUGUACAAAAAAAGGGAGAGAAAAGGUGCGUGUGUGUGUCUCUUUGGACUGAACUUUAUUGAAUGUUCAAUAUUUGAAGCAUAUAUUUUGUUGUACUCCUAUCCAAGCUUGUAUCCAAGUAGAUUUAAAUAUACAGGAAAUAAUUAUGCAAA